AUGUAUUCCUUGUACUUCUUCCGUGAAUUCCUUGUUUGGGAACUACAUGGUGGCGGCCUCGAAGGACAUUUUGGCAAAGAUAAGACUAUUGCCUUGGUGGAAGAUUAUUUCUAUUGGCCAUCGUUAAAACGUGAUGUUGCUCAUCUCAUCUCCCAAUGCCGCACAUGCCAGCUAGCUCGCAAACGUAACACAAGUUUAUAUAGCCAUCUACCAAUACCUCAUGCCCUAUGGAAGGAUCUUAGUAUGGAUUUCGUGCUUGGCUUACCUAAGACUAGUCGCGGCUAUGACUCUAUCUUUGUCGUAGUUGAUCGAAGAAGUCCGUUUGCAUGGCCUCUCUGUCUCUAUUGUUUCUUAUCAUGGAAGCCUUUGUGGAAACUUUUCGGUACUACUUUGAAGUUUUCUUCUACUUUCCAUCCCCAAACAUAUGGUCAAACUGAGGUGGUUAAUCACAGUCUUGGUGAUUUACUCCUCUGUUUAGUUGGGGUUGAACCUGGUAAUUGGGAUCUCUUGUUGCCUGUGGUUGAGUCGAAGCAAUUGCAUGAUGACGUCCGUAGGCAGAUAUCCAUGCACACCGACACUUAUAAACUAGCAGCCAACGCUGAUUGUCAUCAACAGGAGUUUUAG